CUUCUGGGCUGCGGGCUCACCUCGGAAUUUGCCCCCGCCCCCUGCGAGCUCCCUCCGGUCCCAGUCAGUGGCUCGAGCGCCCCAGUCGUCGCGGAACCCAGCGCAAAUCGGGACCGCGGGCAGCGCCGCCUGCGGGGUGAGGACCGCGCCCAUGAAGCCGUCUUGGCUGCAGUGUCGCAAAGUCACCGGCGCCGGGGGCCUCGGGGGGCCCCUGCCCGGGACCGCUCCGGCCCGGGGCGCGGCGGGCCCGGCCCGCAGGGCUUAUGUGGCCCCCGGUGCGUGGGGCGCCCUCGGGGGCCGGGGCUGCAGGGCGCUGUCGUCGGGCGGGGGUGGCGAGUACAAGACCCACUUUGCAGCGUCGGUGGCCGACCCGGAGCGGUUCUGGGGCAAAGCUGCGGAGCAGAUCAGCUGGUACAAGCCGUGGACCAAGACGCUAGAGAGCAGACACCCGCCCUCCACCAGCUGGUUUGUGGAAGGAAUGCUUAACAUUUGUUACAAUGCCGUUGAUCGUCAUAUUGAAAAUGGUAAAGGGGACAAGAUCGCUAUCAUCUAUGACAGUCCUGUCACAGAUACGAAAGCAACUAUUACCUAUAAAGAAGUCCUGGAGCAGGUCUCUAAGCUGGCUGGUGUUUUGGUCAAGCAUGGCAUCAGCAAAGGUGACACUGUGGUCAUUUACAUGCCUAUGAUCCCACAGGCCAUGUAUGCCAUGCUGGCCUGUGCAAGGAUAGGAGCCAUUCACAGUCUCAUAUUUGGAGGAUUUGCAUCCAAAGAACUAAGUAGUCGCAUUGAUCAUGCAAAGCCCAAAGUGCUUGUUACAGCAUCAUUUGGUAUUGAACCUGGCCGGAGAGUAGAAUAUAAACCACUUAUAGAAGAAGCUCUACGACUGGGACACCACAAGCCAAACAAAGUCCUCAUUUAUAAUCGUCCAAAUAUGGAGACGGUUCCGUUGACACCAGGUCGUGAUCUUGAUUGGGAUGAGGAGAUGGCAAAAGCCCAGUCACACGAUUGUGUUCCUGUUCUUUCGGAGCAUCCACUGUACAUUCUUUACACAUCUGGAACAACAGGGUUGCCUAAGGGUGUGGUUAGGCCUACUGGGGGAUAUGCUGUAAUGCUGAACUGGUCAAUGUCGUCAAUAUAUGGACUGAAACCUGGAGAGGUGUGGUGGGCAGCUUCUGACUUAGGUUGGGUCGUUGGACAUUCCUAUAUCUGUUAUGGACCUCUUCUGCAUGGGAACACAACAGUUUUAUAUGAGGGGAAGCCUGUGGGAACACCAGAUGCUGGUGCUUAUUUCCGUGUGCUUGCAGAGCAUGGAGUGGCUGCCUUGUUUACAGCGCCAACCGCAAUUAGAGCCAUCCGUCAACAGGACCCUGGGGCGGCCUUGGGGAAGCAGUACUCUCUGACGAGGUUCAAAACAUUAUUUGUGGCUGGAGAACGAUGUGAUGUGGAGACUCUGGAGUGGUCCAAAAAGGUCUUCCGAGUACCUGUGCUGGAUCACUGGUGGCAGACUGAGACCGGAUCUCCAAUUACAGCCUCCUGCAUUGGAUUAGGUAAUUCAAAAACGCCUCCUCCAGGGCAAGCAGGAAAAAGUGUCCCGGGAUACAAUGUUAUGAUUUUGGAUGACAAUAUGCAAAAACUGAAGGCUCGGAGUUUGGGAAAUAUUGUGGUAAAGUUGCCGUUACCUCCUGGGGCCUUUUCUGGACUUUGGAAGAAUCAAGAAGCAUUCAAGCAUUUGUACUUUGAAAAAUUUCCUGGAUACUAUGACACUAUGGAUGCUGGUUACAUGGAUGAAGAAGGCUAUGUGUAUGUUAUGUCUCGAGUUGACGACGUAAUCAAUGUUGCAGGUCACAGGAUUUCUGCAGGCUCCCUUGAAGAGUCGAUCCUCUCCCAUGGUUCCGUGGCAGACUGUGCUGUGGUUGGCAAGGAAGAUCCAUUGAAAGGUCAUGUCCCCUUAGCACUGUGUGUAUUGAAAAAAGAUAUAAAUGCCACUGAGGAGCAAGUUUUGGAAGAGAUUGUGAAACACGUUAGACAGACCAUUGGUCCUGUGGCUGCUUUUCGAAAUGCAGUGUUUGUCAAACAGCUACCUAAAACCAGAUCAGGCAAAAUUCCUCGGAAUACUCUAUCUGCCCUCGUCAAUGGCAAGCCGUAUAAGGUAUCUCCUGUAAUUGAAGACCCCAAUAUUUUUGGGCAGAUAGAAGAAGUGCUGAAGCGGGCAUCCUGACAUUUUUUACUCUGAGUUUGAGCUAAUUUUCUCAUUGGAAUUGAGCUAUUUCUCAGAAAUAAAUAUGUAAAUGGAAAUUACAAACUGAAAUGUGAAUUGUAAAGCUUGGUUUGAGCAAACCUAAUGAAGACUGGUGCAAGGAUUGGCUCUUUGAUUUGACUGAAUUAGAAGGUUUACCAGGUGCUUGUAACAUGACUCAUUGUAUGUUCAGUGCAUUCAGAAAUACAGAUCUAGAUUUUUAAAAUCAUACUCCUUAGAAAACACUUGAAUUGCCAGUGUUAAUUAACUAUAUAUAUGAUGCAUUUCUUGAAGUUAAAAAUCUGCAGCUUUGACCCAAAGUCUAAUAUUCAUAUAAAUGUCAGAGAAUACAUGUUUCAUCUAGAAAUUCUAUUUUCUAAUCAUCAUAUAAUAUUCUCAGAUGCCCAAACUGUUUUAAAUGGAAUCUAUGAAAUGAGAAAUUUUAAGUAAUUGUCUAGACAUAUUACUUUCUCAGUAGGGAGGAUCUGUGUAGCCAUGUUUCCUGAGGGAAGGCAAGACGCCGGGGUUAUAGCUCCACCUUCAGGUCAUUUGUUACUUAGACAAGGGAAAUCACGUGCAGGACAGAAAACCUAGGAAUCAUUAAAGUCAAUCUCCACCAAAUUGAAGGCCUCCGGGAGCCUCUCCCACUUCCUAAUGAUUCCUGCUUCUUGGGGCAACAAGGAAAUGAGGUACACACUGGGUAGGGUGGCAGGAGAACUCUCAGGAAACAAAAGUAAAGGUUUUCACAUUAGGUGUAACACCAAGGGACUCUCCAGGUAGGUCCUGCAAUGUCAAGGAGCUUUUGAAGUGAAUUUGAGCCACGUGGCUUGGUUGGUUAUCAGGGAGUCAGAAGAAUUCUUGAAAACUGAAGAGUGCUAUUCUACCCUCCUAGCAGAGCUUACUCAGUUCCAACAGAACGUGGCCCAGAGGGGCACAGGUGCACACUGCAACUGUCUCUGGUUCUUAAGAGAACCCAAAUUCACUAGUUUACAUAAACAGCUCUAAUUUUUAUGUAAAUCAUUAAAAAUUGUGAUAUUCAGACACAUCUUUCUAUUUAAACUUCCAAGAAGCUAUUAAGCAUUUAAAAAAUGAGUAUCUAGUAAGUUUAUAUGGGAAUGUACCAACUAAUAUAAAUGUAGGUAAUUACAUAUUUGUUUAGGAUUCCACAUGACAUCAGUGAUCAAAGAAUAAAUCUAAACAAAGUGUGUCCAUUGGGUUUUCUGUAGCUUUCACCCCAUUUCUCAACCUUUCAUUUCUUAAUAGGGAUUACUAGCAAUAGUAGGUUGUCUUAACAUAAUGGUCUGGUUUUAUGAUAUAUAUAGGAGAGAUGUUUAUUUUCUUGUUUGUCUUACACAACUACAAUCUCUGUAAAGACCUUUUGAAACUGUAGGCUACAAAAUAAAUGACUUUUCAAAUUAUA